CGAAGGGGGAUUAUUCUCACUAAUAACCAUGUGGUCAAACCAGGACCUGUUGUUGCCGAAGCAAUGUUUGUAAAUCGAGAAGAAAUAACCGUGCAUCCUAUAUAUAGAGAUCCGGUUCAUGAUUUUGGCUUCUUUCGUUACGAUUCUGAUGCAAUUCAAUUUUUAGACUAUGAGGAGAUUCCACUUGCCCCAGAGGCCGCUUGUGUUGGCUUAGAAAUCAGGGUUGUUGGUAAUGAUAGUGGAGAGAAGGUUUCCAUAUUGGCUGGAACUCUUGCUCGUUUGGAUAGGGAUGCCCCUCAUUAUAAAAAGGAUGGCUAUAAUGACUUCACCACUUUCUACAUACAAGUAUGUAUUAUAUUCUUCAUGGAUCCAUUGGUUUAG